UGAGAAACCUUCGGACAGUUCAACGAAGACCAUUCACUUUGUUCUUCAAAUUUUUCGUACGAUUUCACAGACUUUAACCACAGUUAAUACAUAGAAAGGUAGAGACUUUUCCAGGCUUUAGAAUGAGCUAAAAAUAAUCUUCCCAGAAAUAUGCCCAUAUAGGACAAUUGUCAAAAUGCUUGACAGAUAUCAUGUUUUUCGAGCUUGUUUUCAUUGACUAAGAAGUGAGUUUAUUCUUUAUUUCUACCUUACAAUAAAGGUAAGUAUAGUUAAUAUAAUUGAAAAACAUUUAUUAAGAUGUUUUUCAAUUAUAUUAAAUAUACUUAGUUUUAUAAGAAAUGUAAAAAGGUCAAAAAAUGUCAAUAUACAAUAUAGGUAGAAACAAAGAAAUAUAUAUGAAUGGAUCAUUUACUUUUAUAAAAUAAAGAUAAAUUUUUUUUUCCAUUUAUUUAUCUUUAUUGUAUAAAAGUAUAUAAUCCAUUUAUCUUCGUUUUUUAUACAUAAAGUAUCCGUGUAGAUUUAUUUUCUAAAGUUACACUAAACUAACAUCCCUAACCGUGAUGGGUUCCAAACAUCCCGAAAAUUCUAAAAGCCUUCCAUUGAACGUCGGCAUCAAACAAAUUUAGAAAUAUUCUCCUUGCUGUGGCUUAAUGUCAGUGUUGAUUCAAAAGAAAAUCGAGAAACACAAAGAAAAUUAAGAGCCGUAAUAAAUUAUCUUAAAACGCUCCACACAUCUGACGAAUGUAAAGAAUAUAUUCAACAAGUGAAAAAUGAGAAAAUUGUGUUAAUUAAAAGUGGGGAAUUAGGAGAAAAGUUUGUUCCUCAUAUUCAUGAUCUCUCACAAAUAUCAGCUAUUUAUGUUUAUUGUAGGAAUAAAGCAAAAACUGAACAAUGAACAACUAAUUAAGAUAAAGUCAGCAACCCUUUAUAACAAUUUCUUUCUUUUUCUAAUAAUUAUCUCAUUCUUUUAGGUUAAAGAUGUAUUCAAUGAUUCGACUGUUCUUAUUAACCAACUCUCUGUAGAGCAACGAAUUUGGUCUCAAGUUGAAGUAACAUUAAACAUAUCUGUCUAUUCCUCAGUAGAUCAGAUUGACCUUGAUGGUGCGUUUAUUUGGUUUCAACUUCUCAUUGAUGUCUUAAUCCGUCUAUCUCGAUCAACGAGUGAUAUGAAGAAAUUAGUGUAUAUAUGCAAAGACAUUUAUGAAAAUAAUCCAGCUGAAGAAAUUUGAGAGAGAUUAUUGUGAUGAUAAAAGUAUCUGGUUGUAUACGAGAGAUUGUUGUCUAUAUCGAAUACUUAACAAAGCUCUUCGUCUGCAAGAUAUUGAUAUUCUAUUUUCAAUGAGAUAUUUUCAUUAAAGAUAUUCUGAUCAACUGAAACAAGAACAUGAAAAAUUUAUUCAAAGAAUAACAUCAUCUGUCAUUCAACUUUAUCGAGGACAAGCAAUCCGAGUAGAUGAAUUAAAUAAUCUAAGGACAAACGAAGGACAUUUGAUAUCAAUGAAUAAUUUUUUAUCAACAAGUUUAAGCAGAUCUCUCGCAUUAUCAUUUCUACCACUAGUUACUUCUACCGAGACAUUGCAGCGUAUUCUAUUUGAAAUUAAAGUUGAUACUCGCCUGGAUACUCGUCCAUUUGCUGAUAUUUCUCAUUUGAGUUACUUUCAGAAUGAAGAGGAAUUUUGGAUUAUCAAGUUAAAUCCGUGUAACAACGAUGAUCAAGAUAUGAAACAAGUGUUUAAUGAUAUUCGAGGAUGCAUCGAUGAGCAUGAAAAAGAAGUUAAUCUUCUGACACUCGGUAGUGUAUUACAUAGCAUGGGCGACAGAGACAACGUCAAAAAGUAUUGUACUCGUCUAUUGAAUGAACUAACAGAUGAUGAUAUAACUACUGCUCAUUGUCACUGCCGACUAGGAGAAGUCGCUGCUACAUUAGGUGAAUAUGAUGAAGUACUUGACCAUUUGAAUAAAGCUGUUAUAUUGUACAAGAGAAUUCAACGUGCAGAUGAUACAUUAGAUAUUAGUCAUUGUUAUUUUUGGUUGGGAAGACUUUACAGCGAUAGAAAAGAAUAUAAAACAGCUCUUGAAUGGUUGGAUAGAUCCCUGAAGAUAAAACAAUCACAACUUCCUGCUGUUGAUUUUCAAAUUGCACAGACUUUACGUGAAAUCGGUAAUGUUUAUUACUAUCAGGGUGACGAUGGUUAUGAUUAG